CUGGCGCCCCCAGGCGGGUGGUGGCGGGGCAGCGGCUGUCUGGGGUACCGUUGAGUGAAGUAACGCGGGCUCGCCCCCACGCGUGGUCUUCGCCCCAUGUCGGCCCCGCGCGGAUGCGGGCGUUGGCGGGGCGCUCGCGGCCUGGCCUGGAUGCCCUCGUCCAGCCGGGGCCGGACGGGAACACCUGCAUGCCGCUCCCCAGCCUAAGCAGGGAUCCGCGACAUGGAGGGGAACCGAAUGCUGCGUGGCUGUCCUGAAGAGAAGAACCGUCCCACUUCCAGAAAAGGGACAGCUGAAGGUGAUUUGAAGGCAUUUUGGACACAACUGGAAAGUAGAAGAGUGGAUCUCAUAUUUGAGCAGGUGCAAGAAGUACUGCUGCUGCUAAAGGAGAAGAUCAAGAAUGGAACUGCCACAAAUCAAGAAUGCUGGCAGGCUUGGACACUGGUAAAUGAAGCUGAUCUGGGUGAUCUUUUAACGUUGACAAAUGUAAAUGAUGUUCUUGAUGAAGGGGAUACAAAGGAACCCAAACCUAAAUCACAGCUUCCUGUUAGAGAUGACAACAGUGGAAAUUCUGUAGAGGGUUCGCACAGCAAAAAGGAGAAGAUUGAAAAAUCAGACUCGGGGAGUGAGGAAACAUCGAGUGAAAUUCAACGUGCACCUUUGAAUCGCAGGUAUCGGAUCCACAAGUGCUCCAGUGCGUGUCUCUCCAACAGAGCAGUGAGCUCCUACAAGGGUGAAAAUCCUCUGAAGAUACCAAUACUGUUUCACUUUCAGAGACGCCAUGCGAAAGCAGACUGCCUUUCAAAGUCACUGGAUGUGCAUUACAAAGCUCCCUGUGGCAGAAGUCUGAGAAGUUUUCAAGAUGUUCAGAAUUAUUUGUUUGAGACAAAAUGUGAUUUCUUAUUUAUUGAUCACUUCUCUUUCAACACAUACGUCCUGUUGGGCAGGAACAUUGUAAAUCCAGAACCCCUCGUGUUUGAUCUUGAUAUUAGCAAUGGAGCUGAAUCUGUGCCUAUUUCCUUCUCUAAUGACAUUGAUCGUGCCAGGUUACCUUAUUUCAAAUACCGGAGGGCAUCGUGGCCUCGUGGAUAUUAUCUCAACAAUUUAUCCAGCAUGUUUCUCGAUUCAUGUGACUGCACGGAUGGCUGCAUCGAUAGGUCCAAGUGUGCAUGUCUGCAGCUAACUGCAAGAGGCUGCCGUAGUAAAGUUUCUCUGUCUCCUAAUACUAAAACGUCUCGUGGAUACAGUUACAAAAGACUGGAAGGACCUGUUCCUAGUGGAAUUUAUGAGUGUAGCGUGUCGUGCAGAUGUGACAAGAUGAUGUGUCAGAACAGAGUUGUGCAGCAUGGCAUUCAAGUUCGGUUGCAAGUGUUCAACACAGAGAAGAAGGGUUGGGGCGUCCGCUGCCUGGAUGAUAUCGACAAGGGGACGUUUGUUUGUACUUACUCAGGCAGGUUAAUGAGCAGAGCUGAAGUUCAAGAGUUGGGAGGUGCUGAUCGAGACUCGAAAGAGGAGAGCGCUGUGAAUGACAGAGGGCAGAGCUUUCUUCCCAAAAAAAGAAAACUGGACUCUAGCUGUUCAGACUCAGAGAUUGAACUCGUGCACACUGGCAAAGAGGAUAUUCUUGAGCAGCAGGAGCCACCUGGUGAUAAUGAAAGUGAAUCAGCUCUAAUUCAUCCAAGGAAUUUGAAUACUGCAGCUGUGAGAAGGCUUGGAACUAGAAUAGCUGUUGUGGAUAAUCACCAGCUAAAAAUGGAGGUUGAUACUCUGGUGCACAGUGCCAGCUCAGAUGAAGAUAAUGUUUCUCAGCCUCAGCAUUCAAGCAAAACAGAACUGAACAGUGGAACAAACAAAGAAAAAGAAAGAUCCAUCCAGAAGCAGAAGGAAGAAGAUCUGGUGGAAGUUGGACAGACGGAGCCUGCAGAAAUGGGCAGUGCAGAAUGCAAAAGGAAGAGUCUGUCUCUGAAGGCUGUUGCCUGUGGCAGAUUGGAUGUGCUGAAUGAUAAAUGCGUUGUGAAGCCCUCCACACCACAGAAAGCUAACUGCAAAGAGGAAGCUCACAGACAGUCAAAACAAGGCAUAUUUUGUGUGGAUGCAGACGGUGACAGGACGUUUCUGAGGAAUGCUAAUGAUGAAAAUGUCUAUGUGCUAGAUGCCACAAAAGAAGGAAAUGUGGGUCGUUUUCUUAAUCACAGCUGCUGCCCCAAUCUCUUUGCACAGAGUGUGUUUGUGGAGACUCACAACAGAAGUUUCCCAUGGGUUGCUUUCUUCACAAACAGGCAUGUGAAAGCUGGAACUGAACUCACGUGGGAUUAUGGAUACGAAGUUGGAAGUAUGCCAGAGACAGAGAUUUCCUGUUGGUGUGGAGUUCAGAAAUGCAGGAAGAAAACCUUAUACAGCCAAUCGGCCGCUCGAAGCCCCAUCCCGUCGCCCCGGGCUGUUACUGAGCAUGCUUCGCUGUGCGCCGGGCCCCGCCCGCUUCUGCGCGCUCCUCCCCCGCGUGGAAGCGCGGCGCCGUGCAGGCCGGGCCCGGGGGUGGCGGUGGACGGGAGCGGGCGGCCCGCGCACCAGGAUUCCUCCUCAGAGCCUGUAAGGACAGCUGGGACUGCAGCCUCCAACUUCAGCAUCUUGCCAAAUUCCCAGGGCACCCAGAGACACCUCGUCCAACUGGGAGGACCAGGGCCUAUGCAUCUGCAGCGAUUUCAGGUAGCUCAGGGCUGUCGGCGGCGACGUCUCAGACAUUUGGUGCAUCUCACCUCAUGGGAGUGGGAAACUGAACAUUUCUGCUGUGGACUUGAAGGGAAAACCACAAAUCUUCCUGUUCCAGGUGCUCUCCAGGCGAUGGCCAAAAUGGUGAGAAGGACGUGUGCCUUCUGUUCGGAAGGGGAGGCUGCUUCUAUAAUGUACGUUGCCAAAGAGCAAAAUAUUGCAGCUCAUCAGAGUUGUUUGUUAUUUUCCUCUGGAUUUGUGGAAUCUGAAGAGUAUAACCCAGAAAAUCUAGAUUUAAGGUUUGAUGUGGAAUCCGUGUUGAAUGAAUUCAAAAGAGGAAAGCGACUGGUGUGCAAUUUCUGUCGCAAGAAAGGAGCCACAGUGGGAUGUGAGGAGAGAGCCUGCCGCAGGAGCUACCACUACUUCUGUGCCUUGUGUGAUGAUGCAGCCACAGAAACAGAUGAAGUAAAUGGAGUCUACCGAGUGUUCUGCUCAAAACAUGACCCAGGCAACAGGACCAAUCACUACGAUGCAGCUAAUAAGAGGAAAAGACAUGCAUCGAAAUCUUCCACCACCACGGAACAAAUGAGGGCAGAAGAGACGGCAGAAGAAAACAGAUUACGGAUAUUAAGAAGGAAAAGCAGCAGACACAAAGUCCGAAUCGACUUUCUCAGGAAAUGCAAACAAGCAGGGCUUCUGGAUGACAUAUUUGAAGAAAUGUUGGACACCCUUCACUUGGCACAGGAAAAGCUGAUGGAUGACAACACUUCAGAGACAGAGUAUGAGGAGACAGUAAUAUCGCUUUUUGACUGUGGACUGUUUGAGAACAUACUGACAAAUAUUCAUUCAGGGACUGAGGAAAAAAUUCAAGAACUGCUGGAAAGCAGGAAAAGACUGGAUAACCAGAUUGAGCUACUGCAGGAGUUAAAAGAAGUUUCCCUGCCCUCCCAGGAGAGUACUGCCAGUACAUCCAGUACAGUGUCUGAAUAACCCCACGGCUGUCAGUCAUGGUGUCAAUACUCCACGUUUUCUGAUGAUAGGAACCAUAUAGAGCACGUCUGGUCAGUGUGUGACUUCCUUUCCCCCAGGCUAGGGCCACAAGCAAAGACUGGAUGUUUUUACUCAUUUUUAUACCUCACUGUUGCAGUAACUUGAAGUUGUUACUCUUUAAAUUUUACUGUGGAUAAUUGUAUUAUACUUCAGCUGUAGUUUUUUUAAAGCUGAAUAAAACCCUCCCAAGGACUUUUUCCUUCAAAGACAAAGGACUAUCGUCAGCUGCCAAUGAAAGCUUUUUCAAGUCACUUUAAUUGCAGCAGCCUCUCCUGCCUGUGUGAAGUGGCCACUUCCCUGUCUGCAUCUACACAGUGUUGUUUUAAGGACCACAGUGCUGCCCUGGCUUUCCAAAGAAGAUCAACUAGCAGGACUUGCACUGAGAGAAGUCACUGGAAUUCCAAGCUGGAGGUUUUUAAAAGUGUUUUUUGAUUGAUAUUAGGUCUGCUGUAGCAGCAGUGCUAGAGUGAUGGCUGCAGGCAGACCAGAAGUGGUGAGGUACUACACUCCAAUCCAUGUGUACAGUAUAGAAUGGAUCAGACAAUGGGACUGUCUUUUUCCUUUCUUCGUUAAGAAAAAAACAGAGGGAAGUUGUAUCCUUUAAGAGCUGUUAUAUUAAAAUGAUUUGAAUACAGAAAAGCAUUAAUUAGAAAAGAGUAACUUAAUAAAAAUAAAGUGUUUUUAA